AUGGUGAUGAACUUCCUUUUCAUGUCAAAAACUGAAGAUUCUGAUAUAAAGCUUACUGAAUUCGGUCUUUCAAACUUCAUCAAGCCAGGGGAUUCAUAUCUUAUACCUGGAACAGAUGGUGUAAGAACCAAACUUAAGUUGGCAUUGGAGACUGGAAUCCAUGAUUCCAUUGGAAUUGAUUUGGUGGGAAUGAGUGUGAAUGACAUCAUCACAUCUAGAGCAAAGCCUUUAUUCUUUCUCGAUUAUUAUGCAACAAGUCGCCUUCAUGUUGAUCUUGUUGAAAAGGAUAUAAAAGGAUUUGUUGAUGGUUACCAACAAUUUGACUGUGCUCUUUUGGGUGGGGAGACAGCAAAAUGCCAAAUUUUUAUGCAGAAGGUGAAUACCAUCUUUGGCGGUUUUGUAGUUGGCAUUGUGAAAAAGGAAAUGAUUAUAAAUUUGAAAGCUCCAAUGAAAGUGUUUGGUGAUUUACAUGGACAGUUUGGUGAUCUCAUGCGCCUCUUUGAUGAAUACGUAUUUCCUUCUACUUCUAGAGACAACAUUCAGUAUCCUCAGAAUGUCCAUUUGAUACGUGGAAAUCAUGUAUUACUUUUAUGA